AUGUUGCCAAGAGAUGUAUCAUCAUUCGAUCAUGAUCCACCAAAAGAUGUUAUCGAGGUGCUACCGGCGGUUCGACGAUUCUACACGAGAGGAGAAAUAACGCUCGGCGACUACAAUCGAAACUGGCCGAUCAUCUUAUGCUGCGAGAUUUCGAAGAAGAUCGGAUUGAAUCUUGUCUACAAGCAAACGGUCACGUUAACUACGACUGGACCUACACCUGUGGUUACUGUUUGGUUUAUGGGAAUCAGCUAUCGAUACAUUUGUGGAUAUCAGCAGAUCAAUCCUACCCUGAGCGAAGAAGAGAAUGUUAGAGAAGCUAUCGGUGCUUUAUACAACAGACUCUCAGAUGUUGGGGCUGUACCCAGUGGGAUAGCUAGACUUUGUGCCCGAUUCGAGCUUUUGAAACCGGUUGUAUUGUUGACAUUGCCUUGGUUUCAACAUCUUAUGAUCAAAAUAAACGAAACGCUGUAUAAAGAUCUCAUGUUUGACAUGCCCACAAGACCCAUGAACGAGACUGCGCUUCUAGUGAAAGUGGAGUCGUUAACGAAAUACUUGCAAAGUGGUCAGCACAUUAUUGGACCAACAAGCUGUGGAGCCGGUGUUCCAAAUGUUCGACUGCCCAAUGAAAAGUUUAAAGAGAUUUACGACUGUUCGGGUGUUAGAAGUGGUGUCAUUCAAUUCCUCGAGGACUAUCUCGUCGAGGAUAGUGAUCCGCAAAAGCAGCGCAAAAGCACUACAGACGGUUCACCACAUCCGCUAUUGCUUGGUGUCCCAGAAGCUUUGACGUCGUAUCUGGAUGGACUUGAUAGCAGGUGCCCCAUUCCAUUGGCAAUUAAUGAAUUUAUCGACUUCUUCAAUGGCGGCGCUGAUAAACCAAAUCGAUGGAUACACCAAUGCCAUCGUUGUUACUUCAAACAAGCAGAACCACUAAUGCCAGCCUUGAAUCAUUUGUGCAGCAGAAAGACGACACAUUGUUUGUGCCAAUUGACAAACCAAGCGAUUUCCAAGUUAUUGUGCAAGAGAAACCUGGGCUCAACUUACUCAUUCAAAAUUUGCCCGAAAGAGAGAAGGAUCCAAAGGAGUCAAAGUACGAAGAUUUUGAUGUUUUGGGACGAGGUCCGUCUACCUGCAUACACUUCGCUCUACAAACCCUUGCCAUUGCAAGAUUUAAAUAAUGCUUUGAAGCGUCAUCCACGUCUAAAAACGCUAGCCGUGAGCUGGUUUACCGAGGAAAACGAGAAGCAAAAAGAAAAAUCACCGAGAAAGGUUCUAGAUCUCGUCCAGAAACGACGCGAACAAAAGAUCGAAAGCGCAGUCACUCCCAGAAGCCGAGAACGCAAGCGUUCUCGAGAUCGUGAGCGCAAACGUGAAAAAGCCGAAGUCCCCGAAGGUCCGAUAAGAAGUCGGAACCAAGCAUUAGGGACAGUUCUCAGUUCCGGAAGAGAUCCCAUAAGCACGAAAGUAAACGCCAAGUUCACCGAUAUCCCUUUCAUGAUGUGUGGAGCCAUAGGAAAUGCCAGAGAUGCCAGGCUUGUUUCAAGAGGGAAUGGUUCCCAAUCAGCUGGUCGAUUUGGUCUCGAACGUAAUGAUGUGAAUUUUGCAAAAGCCGUUCUCAAGAGCCCGGACUACGCGCCAAUUUUAAUGGAAAUUGCAAACUACGAACAAAAUGGGCAACUUUUCAUGCCACCAACCAGAGUCGACCAAGGAACGAUCAGGGCCCCGGUAGAGUCAAAGCGCGUGGCAAAUCACCGAAGCUCAAAGAGCGAGACACAAGUUCCAAUGGAUAUUGAGGAAGGAGGCACUGAUCCGGAAGAGACAGAUCAAGCGUCUUACGAGGAAGAAGCUGAACUAGAGAGAAAGAAUCAAGAGAGAUUCAACAACAGCUUCUCGAAUUUGGACAAAGACUGGGUAUUGAUGGUGUCAAAGGACUGUCAUGCAAUCACUUUGCAUUUAAGAGAACUUGUGCAGAACAACCGAAUA